AACACAUGUCCAGUUUCACUUUCUACUUUAAUUGAAUCAAAUAUUAAUUUAAUUUUUUGUUUUUCCUUAAUAAAAAAAUUCGAGUCUUUAUCUGUAGUCAUUGUUCGGCAUAUAAUAUUAUUAAUUAAGUUAUAAUGCCUGCUCAAUGUUACAUAUGUUCCGGAAAGGCAGUUUUCAAAAGGCCUAAAAAUAGCCAGGCAAUAUGUAAAGAAUGUUUUUUUGAAAAGUUUGAGAAGGAAAUACACGAAACCAUCAUUAAUAACAAAAUAUUUGCCAAAGGAGACAAAGUUGCUAUCGGGGCCUCUGGAGGAAAAGAUUCAACAGUUCUGGCUUAUGUAUUAAACAAAUUAAACCAGCAGUACAAAUAUGAAAUACAACUUGUGUUGUUGUCAAUUGAUGAGGGUAUCAACGGAUACAGGGAUGAUUCUCUAGAGACAGUAAAAAGAAAUGAGAUUGAGUACAAUCUGCCAUUGAAGAUUCUGUCAUACAAGGACUUAUACGGCUGGACAAUGGAUGAGAUAGUUAAAGAGAUUGGACUGAAGAAUAACUGUACAUUUUGCGGUGUAUUUCGGAGGCAGGCAUUGGAUCGAGGUGCCAUGAUGUUGGACUGCAAUAAGGUUGUGACAGGCCACAAUGCAGAUGACAUAGCUGAGACAGUUAUCAUGAAUGUUCUGAGAGGCGAUGUUGCGAGGUUAAGAAGGUGUAUGGCCAUAAUGACGGGGUCAGAGGGCACGCUACCUAGGUGCAAGCCGUUCAAGUACACCUACGAGAAAGAGAUAGUGAUGUACGCCUACUUCAAACGCCUUGAUUACUUCUCGACAGAAUGUUCUUAUUCGCCGAACGCUUACAGAGGAAAUGCUAGAGCGUAUAUAAAAGAUUUGGAAAGAAUUAGGCCGAGUUCUAUACUGGAUAUAAUUUACUCUGGCGAAAGUUUAUCAUUCAAAGAUGACGUCAAAAUGCCUACACAAGGAAAGUGUUCGAGGUGUGAGUACGUAUGCAGUCAGCCAAUUUGCAAGGCAUGCGUUCUUUUGGAAGGCUUGAAUAAGGGUCUGCCUAAAUACGGUAUUGGGAAGCAUCACAAGAAGAACAAACAGCAACAUCAACAUUCUACAAGUGAAACUUCCUAUUGAAUUGAAACGGCGUCUUCUUAUUUUACGAUUAACUUUUCCAUCAUUUCAAUCCACAAUUUUUAACAUUUCGACCGUUCAGAAAAUGCAGGAAUGUUUCAAUUUUGUAAUGUUUCGCUAAAGUUGGGGUAAAGUUUUCUCGUUAUUUCGUUCACUCGUUCGUUCGUUCAUCCGUUCGUUCGUUAUCUCGUUUGUUCGUUCAUCCGUUCGUUCGUUCUCGUAUUCUUCAUAAAUAUAUAUGACCUGACUAAUUAAAAAACAUUAAAUAAAACUUAUAAAAUAGGAUGGGUAAUUCGCGGUGAAACCGUUGGAGGAAAUUAAGUCAUGGCAGUAAAUCAGCUGGUAUAAAGGUUAUAUUCAAUUCCUAUCAAAUAAAUUUUACCAAAUAUCCUACGCAGGCAAAUCUAAAUACAUAUAUAUAUAUAUACGUAGUUUUAAUACAUUUAUAAAGUUGUAUUUACACAUUCAAAUUGUACAAUUGUGUUAUGGUGUAGUCUCAAAUUAUUUUGAAUUCUCUUUGAAAAUAUUAAACUUUU